AUGUCUUCCAAACCAGUAAAUGCAGAAAAUGCACAGACAUACAAGCUGGUGGUUGUUGGAGAUGGUGGUGUUGGCAAGUCUGCACUUACCAUUCAGUUCUUCCAAAAGCUGUUUGUACAGGAUUAUGAUCCAACUAUAGAAGAUUCUUACAUCCAGUACACAGAAAUUGAUGGCCAGUGGUGCAUAUUGGAUGUCCUGGACACAGCCGGACAGGAAGAAUUCAGUGCCAUGCGAGAACAGUAUAUGAGGAAAGGUGAUGGAUUUCUGCUGGUCUAUUCUGUCACUGACAAACAAAGCUUUGAGAACAUCAGCCAUUUUCACACUCAGAUUCUGAGAGUGAAGGAUAGAGAUACAUAUCCAAUGAUAAUGGUGGCCAACAAAGUAGAUCUCAUUCAUCAGAGGGUUGUCACAGAAGAACAAGGUUUUAACCUGGCCACCAGUCUAAAGAUACCAUACAUUGAAACAAGUGCUAAAGACCCACCACUGAAUGUUGAUCUGGCAUUUCAUGAGGUGAUCCGAGUUAUAAGGUGCCAGCCUUCCCCAAAGAAGAAGAAGAAAGCUGUUGGAAGUGGAUGGAGAUGUGCCGUGCUGUGA